GUUCAAUCAUGCGUGGGCCUCACCGAACCCUUCAUGCACAAGAACCCUUUAUAACGAGCCACGCCCGAGCGCCCAGCUUCUGCUCCGCUCCUAGAACUGACAUCGCAUAAUAGCACACGCACUCACUCCGUCGCCUUCGCAGUACCGUCUGUUGUACUUACCCUUGACCAAACAUGCAUCCAUUGCUCAAUGGACGACAACGCAUCGUCGAUGAUCUUAUCCCGAUCAUCCUUGACUGUGGCAACUGGUGGUCUCGGGACUACACCCACCUUGCGGCUGUCUCGCGCGCCUGGCUUUGGCACGUACAGAAGCGCCUCUACGCGCUCCCCCAGCUGACUUCUUACCGCUCGUGCGCCUUGCUUGAACGCACGCUUGCGUGCAACCCUGCAUUGGCGUCGCAUGUCGAAGGACUCGAUCUCCGUCUCGUCGCGGGAGAGACGACGUUGACGUUUUGCGAUACGUCGAGCGUCCGGAGACUUCUCAGCGUCCUCAAAUUGAAGCGCCUGGGACUUAGGGGGGAGAUGUCAAUCCACGCGGAAAGGUUUUUGCGUCCCCUCAUGUACCCCCAUCAGCUCGAAGAGUUGAUAAUCGACGGCUAUUCUCAUGGCUAUCAUGGGGCCUCGACGAUAUACUGCAGUAGAAAGAGCGCGUCUCUGGUAUGGGACAGUGAGCUGUUCUCGCAAUUCACGAGGCUCCGUCGUGUUCGACUGUCUUACGUCGAAUUAACAAUUUACCGAUCCACUUUGCCGGAUUCCCUCCAUCUGACACAUCUUUCCCUCGACAACGUCACAAUAGUCGACAGCCAUCUCUCCAACAUCUCUCUCAUGUCUUCGGGCAGUCUUCGCUGCCUUUCCAUCUCCGCCAGAGACGAUGUCGACCUGCAGACGCAUCUUCCGUCGUUGUUAGGGUCCUGCAGCUCUUCUUUGGAGGAGCUAUGCCUUUAUGCAUGGGGUGCCAACUGCAAAGGGCUUGUGUUUAACAGCGAUGCUCCGUCAUUUCCGUCGUUGGUGGAGAUAGAAUUGAAUGGGAUCGACACCGACCGGCACACGCUGGCCUGCAUCGAGCAGUGCUGUCCGAAGCUGGAGAGGCUAUCUGUCUCGGGACGCGCAGUCCAUGUAACACCCCAGGAAUGGAUUGCGUUUCUAGGUUCUGGGGCGCUCCCCACGCUGCGCAGUUUUAGUCCUGUAUGUGCUGGACAGCACGGGUCUCGGGCGUGGACCGAGGAGUAUCUGAAGCAGGUACAGGAUAUAUGCUCAUUGCGAACGCUGCAAACGCGAGGGUGAUUUACCCGGCUCUGUAAGCUUACGGCCUUGAUACACCGACUGACCCGUGCAUGUAUGUAUGGUCGAUCAAUAUAAUAUAUAUGCGCAUGG